CCUCGCUCACAUGAAGAAGCUGUGGGAUUAUUGUUGACAUUCUGAUUUGCUGACCUGCCCAGCUAACGGAAUGAAACCAUAGCUAACGAAUUGUUUGGAUUGUGUACAUUGCAAGCGACUGUAAUGACUAUAACAGUGAUUUACUUUAUAAUCAAGAUAUCACCACUGUCUAAUGUAAAGGUGUAGGUGUGCGCUGGCGUAUGGGAAUGAAAGAUGCUGCUCUCCUUGGGGAUGCUGAUGCUGUCCGCUACGCAGAUCUACACCAUCUUCACCGUGCAGCUCUUCGCCUUCCUCAACCUGCUCCCCGUCGAGGCCGACAUCUCCGCGGUGAGUUACUCUUUCGACAACAAGACCGAGAACUUCGAUGACCUUCCUGCACGCUUUGGCUACCGCCUGCCCAGUGAAGGACUGAAGGGCUUCCUGAUUGGUGCGCGGCCAGAGAAUGCGUGCGAGCCGAUCGACCCGCCCCCACCGCGGGAUAACCUGACCGGAGCCUUCAUCGUGCUCAUCAAGCGCUUUGACUGCAACUUUGACGUCAAGGUCCUUAACGCCCAGAAAGCCGGGUACAAGGCUGCCAUUGUUCACAAUGUGGACUCUGAUGACUUAAUCAGCAUGGGAUCCAAUGAUUUGGAUGUUCUGAAGCAGAUUGACAUUCCGUCUGUAUUUGUGGGGGAGGACACAGCCAACUCCCUGAAGGAGGAUUACCUCUAUGAGAAAGGGGGUCAUGUUGUUCUCCUGCCAGACUUCAGCCUUCCUCUUGAGUACUACCUGAUCCCCUUUCUCAUCAUAGUGGGAAUAUGCCUCAUCCUCAUCGUUGUCUUCAUGAUCACAAAAUUCGUCCAGGACCGCCACAGGGCCAGGAGGAGUCGGCUCCGGAAAGACCAACUGAAGAAGCUACCUAUACACAAGUUCAAGAAAGGUGAUGCGUAUGACGUGUGUGCCAUCUGCCUGGAGGAGUACGAGGAAGGCGAGAAGCUACGGGUCCUGCCCUGCUCGCAUGCUUACCACUGCAAGUGCGUGGACCCGUGGCUGACCAAGACCAAGAAGACGUGUCCCGUGUGCAAGCAGAAGGUGGUGCCGUCGCAGGGCGACUCGGACUCUGACUCCGAGUCGGGUGGCGAGAGCAGCCGCGAGGAGAACGAGAAUGAGGACGCGUCGGAGAGCACGCCCCUGCUGCGCUCGCUGGCCUCCACCAGCGCCCACUCCUUUGGCACCAUGAGCGGCUCGCCACCCCCGCCACACGGCCACCACGCCAACGAGUCCUCCGACUAUGAGGACGAUGACGACAUGGACACCAGUGAUGAGAGUGGCCCCGAGGAGGAGGAGAGGGACGGGGGGGUUACCGUGGAGGCGGUUGUGGUGCAGUUGUCUCAGCAUCAGCACCAGCGGGGGGGUGGGGGAGGAGAUGAUGCCAUGGCGUGAACAGCGCCAGUCAAGUCACACAACACCAAAACACACACACAUGCACACACACUAUAACACACACUCCACCCAUUCAUGGGGUCCGGUGGGCUACUUACCAGCCCCACGUCAUGAAUGUGUGAUGAGUGAGUCCAUGUGACUUAAAGUGGGCUUUGUUUUUUGUAUAUUUUUGUCUCCCUCCCCUUUUCCAGUAAACCUGCACAGAUCACAAAUGUCAUUUUCCCCCUUUAACCAUAAUUGCGUUGGGAAGAACAUGAUCAAAUGUGCAGGAGUUUUAAUACAUAGUGAGAAUGGGCAGGUUAAUAUUAAACAUACUGUAUUUGCAGAACAAAGUGGCGAGUGGCUUGGAGCUCAUGUCUCACUGUGAAUAGUUUUAAGCAGUUCAGCCAGGCACUCACAGGAAAUAUGUGCUUUAUCACUUGGGGGUUUGGGGAGGUAGUUUGUGGUGUAUGUUUAAAAACUGCUUGUAAAUAUAAACUGUGUAAUACAUAACUCACCACAAAAAAAAACUAUAUAAUUUUAGAAUGAACAUAAACUUUUAAAUUUUACCUCCAAGCUUAUGUACUAUGUUUCUCCAGUAGCUACUGGUAACGAACGGUAAACUGAUUAACUUGUAUAUACACUCGCUGCGUAGGAAUGCUCCCAAUGAAAAUGACUAUGCAGCUCCCUUUUGUAAAAAAUAAAAAAUAAAAUUACAUUCUAUGCCCAUUUGAAAAAAAAGUAUAUUGGGGACUAUUUUUUUUGCCAAUAUAUAUUUGUUUAAAGAUUGAGUAGGUGAGCAGGCUCUUCUAUUUGGAAUGUAAUCUGCUUUUAAAGCAAGUGCUUAAUGUUCAUGUGAAAAAAUGAAGCCAAACCGGUCUUGAGGGACGUGUCCAUCAGGGCAGAGGUAGAAGAGGAGAGAUGGGCGUGGGGAGAGAUGGGUGGGAGUUUCCCUGGGUUGUCACAGGUUCUCAAGAUGACAGACCAGGAAAUAAAACUUUGCUUGUUCUAAACAUUUCAUUGUAUGCACCGUCUAGAGUUCAGUUAGUGGUACAACACAAAGGGAUAGUUCUGGAAUACUGAGAAGUACAGGGAGAAUUCACCAUGCAUUUUGUUCACCUCAUAUCAUUUAAUACUGUAAGUUGUAAUUAUGUACUACCAGUGAAUUUUUUUGUUUGUUCUCUCGCUAACAUGACUCGGAACUGUUACGUUGAAUAAGUCUGGUUGCCUUCAAUGAGUUAUGUAAGCAUUAAAAUUGUCUGGUUAUGCUCAAAUUUUGUCUGUAUUGAAAUUUCAUUUCACUUCAUAAAUAAAAGCUUUUGUUCAAAACAUUUUGCUGUAUCCCACAUCCUUCUUUCCACUGUUGAUCAAGCUGCCAUCAUACAGGUAGCCUGUACCAUGAGUUAAAGAUAUGACUGCGAUGUGAUCAGAUUCAGCAGUUCUCCCUACAGUCUACAUAGCUACCCGACAGGACAGGGUCCAUUUUAAACUAGUACCUCCUGUCCUCGUCUUGUUUGGCCUUGUGCAUCGCUGACCACCUGCCUCCGAAGAGAAAAUGUUUUCCUGCCAUCAGUCUAAGCAGGCAGACUUUUAGAGGGCUUUUCCCCAUUCAACAUCCUGAUUGCAAAAGACAAAAUGACCUUUGAAUUGUGCAAGAUACUGAAUGAUGGUAUCAUAAAUGCAAAGUAAAAAAUGAUCAGCGUGUCAUCUUGUUCAACCACCACAUCACAUCGGUGCCACUAGAACUCGGCUGGAUUCAGAAUCCUCAAACUACUAAAUAGGGGGGUGCCGUGGCUCACUGCAUGCAUACAACAUGCCUACCAUAAACGUAAGGGACAUUCUUGAGUCCGGCCUGAGUCAUUCCCCAGACCUGCCCCAUCGCUCUCCGUUACUUUGUCACAUCUUCACUAUCCAUCCACAAUAUAAAGACACUAAAAUCCCAGAACAUAUUUUAUUUUUUUUAAAGCAAGACUCAUUUUUUCGGGGCACGUAAUGUAAUAAAAUGAACUCAUCCUAUCAGGUGUAGAAGAGGACCGGGACAGGGUAGGAACACUGCACCACAUUAGCCCAUUGCCUCCUUAGAACUUGUGGGGAACCGUUUAAAAAAAUGUACAACAGUGGUUGUACAGAUACUGCACUCUACAAACUUUACAGGUCGCUCUUGCACUACCCCCAGUUCCAGCCUUUGAAAUGUUCCCAUAUCCUUCUCUUGCUCCAAUUUUCAUCCCCAGAAACUUCAGCCAAGAGGGGGCCAAUUGCUCCAUGAAAACACACACAGUUCAUUUCCAUCCUAGAGACCAUACUAAAAAAAAGUGUCUAACAACUUAAUUAUAUAAAACUUUUAAAGUAAGAAAAAUACAGACAAUAUAUCUGGUUGGAAUAAAUUUAUUUGAUCUGUCUGUAAACAACGUGAUAAAAUCAAUUUUAUGGCAUUUCUUGGUUUAUGCAUAUAACAGACAUCUGUGGACAUGUUAGAUUGUAUCCAAGUAGGAAUAAAGGGUGCAGGGAAAAGAAAUUAAGAAAAAAAAAAGAAAACAAAACUUUAUGUCAGCACACAAGCACUACUUUAUCUCUCUUUCAGUCUGUACACAGAACUUCACAAGGUCUGAACAUUUCUACGAAAAUAUUCUUAAACCAAGUGCUAAGACGACUCCUUUCUCUGGACUAGACUUAAAACCAGCUCCACAAUAGCAACAGAUCAUCUUGAGAUUAUGGCACAGGUUACACAGUAUUUUUUUUGUCUUUUGUAUUUUAAAGUGUCAACAAGACAACCAAAAAUGCUUAUUCCAACCGAUAACCACCUCCCAUUCAAUGAGUGUCAUUCUACUUUUUUCGUCAUUUUUUUAAUAAGGAUCUUCAUUUGGACAUGACAUUUAGUACCGAGCAAGGACAGACAGGGUGAUACCACAUCUUUAGAUCAUGACUUUAGAAGGCAAUUUAUUCCACAGUUUUUGUUUCCUUUUUUACACAGCAUGGGUUUACAAAUGCAGUAAGUAAGAAUAAAAAAAGAACCAACAACUUUUUUUUUCUGAAAAUCUGACAUAUGAGGAGACUUUUUUAAUUACAUAGCCAUCCAUAGCAUACCAGUGGUCUUAAUGUUGGACUUUUCGUGAGUCGAAAUGGUGGUGGGUCUAGCGUGUCUUCCUUCACAACAAUUUGGAGCAAAUGUGUCAAAAAACCCGAGCUGCAACUAAAACUUGGUCCUAUGAAAAAUGAAAUUCAAACUGGACGCAAUCCAGAUGGUUAUAUAAUAUAUAUAUAUAUGCUGGGGCAAAACUACUGUCCAGAACGGCAGCAUAAAAAAAUGCAAGAAAAAAAAAUUAUAUAUAUAUAUAUUACAGGAGCUGGCAAACAAUAGAUAAGUGCCUGAGCUAUUGUAAUGAUGGAAUGUCCAUGAGAUCUAGGCCAUCAGGGAUGUGCUGAAGAGGGGUGUUGGUGUUAAGGAAACUUCUACCUGCAUCUCAGCGCAACACUUUGCCAUUUAAACCCAGAAGGGGGAACAAAAAUGCCAGACCAAUAGCUCAACAGACUGCAUCCAAGGAACAACUCCACCCCUCCCACCCCCAUUGAAGGAAAAAAAACAAACAAACAAAAAAAAGGUAUUGUUAGAGGGUUCAAGGGCUACACAUUUAGUUUGCUUUCAGUGGUGAUGGAUAGAGGCAAAGCCUCCUUUGGGGUUGGAGUGUUACCUACAAUCGAAAACAAUAGUGUUAUAAUGUGAACGUGGCAUGGGGAGGAUGGACAAUUUAAGGGCUACAUAAGGGACUACAAGACAAAGUGUGGGGGAUGAGGGGAAACCUGUUAUAAAGGCAGUUCAGUAGGUUUUAAGAUAUGCGCGCAGCUCUCCUGUCUCAAAAAAACACGAGCAGGAAGACCAUGUGAGCUUUUUAAAUUAUCCGUUUGAACUGCUCAAGUGCUCAAAAAGGCAUUAGUUUAACUGAACUACCAGGCAUGGGCAGCAUGGAGGGGAGAAACAUGUCAGUUGCAAUUCAGGGGGUACUGCAGCUUCUUCUGCUAUGUCUUGAUACAAUACAUAAUGGCUAGGUUACACGCUCUAAUGUUUCCUAUAUAAAGUACAUAUGUUGUCAAUAUCCUGUUAACAUGCCUCUCAAGUCUUGGUGCAGCAGUAGUGUAUUGUGACUGGGGGUACACAUUGUUAGAUGAAUGAACAUGAGGGGUGGGGUGGGGAAAGACAUCGUGAACCGGUUGGGAGGGGGAGGAUGGGCAAAAAUACAAAUGAAAAUCAAAUAAAAUUUAAAAAAAAAAAAAAAAAAA